AUGGCCCAGAAACUGCUGGCAAGGGGGCGCCCGGCGGACAGCAAGUGGGCAAUCCAUCAAACGUCUACUGCUCACUGUGUCUCAACUGCUGCGCCAGUCUACCCGGAAAUGCUUGUCACGCACCUACUUUGAUGGAACCGAACUUCAUGACCAUGACGUGCGCAAGGCUCUGGCCAAACAUACUGAGUGUCAGUCGGACGAUGCUAUUGAGCCCUCGAUUGCGGCCGCCACGGUGUGUCGCAUGGUAGCCAUGGGGACUGAGACCACUACUGCUGUAGAUCGGAUGGACGCUUGUUCAUGAAAGUUGCCUCGAGCCGUUUGUCGAAAUCCCGAGUGCUGAACGUAUUUUUUGCGACUCUGCCGGUGUGUUCAAGAAGGAUCUGGUUGCUGUCAUUAGC